UACGAAUGUUUGCUGUCUUUUUCUUUAGAAAUUUGAUCUUAAAAGGCCCGUUGUGCAGAGGCCAUGGGCUUGUCCGCAUCCUCCCCCGCUGCCACAGAGCAGUCACCAAAUGCAUCCAGGCAGUACCAGACGGCGUCUCCACCUUCAGAAUGCCCCAUGCAUCAAGAAAAAAUGAGCGGUUGUCCAAUGCACAUGAAGACUGCUGAUCACAGAACUGAGAACACAGAUGACGUUCCUGCACAUCAGGAAAGAGCUUAUGAGUUUGUAGCAUGUCCUGUGAAAUCUGGUGCAGCUCAAAUGAAAGAUGACAUAGAUCCCAGCAAUAUGAUGCCUCCUCCCAAUCAGCAGCCAUCUCCAGGUCAGCCAUUUCCAUUGUCAACUGUUAGAGAAGAAUCUUCCAUUCCUAGAGCACAUUCUGACAAGAAAUGGGUCUAUCCUUCAGAGCAGAUGUUCUGGAAUGCUAUGCUAAGAAAAGGGUGGAGGUGGAAAGAUGAUGACAUAACAAGUGAAGACAUGACCAACAUUAUUAAGAUUCAUAAUCAAAAUAAUGAGCAAGCUUGGAAGGAGAUUUUGAAGUGGGAAGCUCUACAUGCUAUGGAAUGUCCAUGUGGGCCAUCACUGAUGCGGUUUGGAGGCAAAGCAAAGGAGUACUCGCCAAGAGCCAGGAUACGUUCUUGGAUGGGGUACGAGCUGCCCUUUGAUCGGCACGACUGGAUCGUUGACCGCUGUGGGAAGGAGGUGCGCUACGUUAUCGAUUACUACGACGGCGGAGCGGUGGACAAGAACUACCAGUUCACCAUCCUGGACGUGCGCCCUGCGCUGGACUCGCUCUCGGCCGUCUGGGACAGAGUGAAGGUGGCCUGGUGGCGCUGGACGUCCUGACUGCUCCUGGGGUGUGUACUCGCAAAGUGACUGCUUUGCUCCUAGACAAUGGACGUGUGAAUAUCAGGACUUGAGACAGAAGUUUGCUGCAGCUGUCGUUGCUUUCAUCAUCACCACUCUUCUUUGGGGGUGGGAAGGGAGGACAGGGAAAUCUUUCCUUAAGUACACCAAUGCUUUAUGGUGUUUCAAAUGGAAUAAUAAAGUUACAGUGGCAAAAACAUGUAUCUUAAUUUUCUUAAGAACUGGGAAGCCUUUCUUACUUUGUCUCAGAUUCUGCAUAAGCUCGCCUUCUUGCCAUUUCAUUACUUCAGUGCUGCUCUAAAUACAUUGCAAUGUUGUUUCUGACUGGAGUUUUGAGUAUUACUUCAUUAUUGAAAACUGGAAAUUUCAUAACUUAUUUCACAUUUUUAAAGUAUUUGGAUACCUCCGUGAUGAAUAAAGGGUAAAAGAUCUGGACUCUUUCAAAUUCCAUGUUUUAUUUACAUAAUAAAACCAUGUAUUUGUUUUCACAUGGACAUUUUACCUAUUCAAAUACAUACUUCCUCAGAAAACUUCAGUUAAUCAGUUAAAGGAGGUGUAGUGUGGUAUGAGUAUUUUAAAGGCAUGUUAUGUAGAAAAGGAGAAUACACUCAUGCCUUAAUCUUUGAACUGAAGAACACCUGUUAGAAGCAGGAAAUGAGUAACCCUUUUAAAACAGCAUUUCUAAAAGGACAAAAUUGAUAUUUAAUGGCUAUUUAUUUGAAUAUUUAAAAGGUGGUUUUCUGAUAUAAAAAAAUACAUUAUUACAGUGUUUUCCUGUCUGUAAUUUGUGACGUGUAAUGAAUUCAGGACAGAGCCAAGCCUUAUUUAACCUCCUGCAAUGCAUCUGCAUUUGGCAUCCUGGCUGCAUUAAUGAUAUUUAUUACAGCAUGGUUUUUUUUAUAUAAUAAGGAAUUGCACAAGGGGGUGUGACUACACAGCCACACACAUGAGUAUAGUGAGGUUUAUUACAGGUGUGUACAUAACCGGGCUAAAAGGGUAUCAAAAGUGCCAAGGGAGGAGGUUGAGGAGUGUUUUCUAAGGGUGAUGCAUGGCGUAAAGAUUUGAUUAUUGUUUGUGCUCAGUAAGGGAAACUAACUUUUUAAAGUCUUCCACUGUAAUAGCUUUAAGUUUGCACAACUCAGUAAGCUUCAGGUGCUGUGCAAAACACUUGGGAAUGGAAAGGAGUAAAAGAAUAGCACAUUGUACCUUCUCAGAUGGGGGAAGCUGCCUUCUUGAAACUCCCCAACCUUAACGGGAAAGUAGCUGUACAUUCCAUUUUCUGGAAGUGGCCUACGUUUAACUGAUACUGGAACUUUCCUUUCCUUUCCUUUCCUUUCCUUUCCUUUCCUUUCCUUUCCUUUCCUUUCCUUUCCUUUCCUUUCCUUUCCUUUCCUUUCCUUUCCUCUUUCCUCUUUCCUCUUUCCUCUUUCCUCUUUCCUCUUUCCUCUUUCCUCUUUCCUCUUUCCUCUUUCCUCUUUCCUCUUUCCUCUUUCCUUUCCUUUUUUCUUUUGAUAGGAAGCCUCUCUUAAUGUUUCAGGAAAGUCACUUCCCAUUUAAGGAAAAAUUAGGGAAGCUUUCCUACUUUGGAAUUCUAAUGAUCACGACUAGUUCCCACUUCAGAGAGAACUGUUGUGCAUGGUAGGAAUAAAUAUCCAGAAUCUUAAGAGGAAAACCGUGCUCUUACCCAUAUGCACUUUGCUCAUACCUUUUUCAGUGAUACAGAUAUAUAUAUAUAUAGAUAUAGAUAUAUAUAUAUGAUAAACGGUAAAAAUUCCAUCUAAAUAGGCAAUAUAUAGAUGAGAUAAAUGAAAAUAGAGUUUGUGUGAAGCAAAUGAAGGAACUGACUCGUGAAGGAAUUGCUCUGUUCUAACUAAAGAUUGAGGAGUACUGUAAAGAUUGAGGGGUACUCUUUUUGGGGUGUGGGUUGUUUUCCUUUGGGAUUAUUUUGAUAGUUGUUAGUUUAUGUAUUUGGCAACUUGAUACACUGAGGAUUCUGUAUUUCUCAUAACUAAAUAUGGAAAGGCUACACCACUGUAGGUAGUACUUCAGAAGCUUCAAAAGCAGGAGUUUGCUUUGUUGAUUUCAGCAGUGUGAUGUUGAGAGUGGAAAUUGUAAUUGCUGCUACAUCUGGGGAAACUGUCACAAGCCACUUCAUGUGUUGACUAUCACCUGCUACGUUCCAUCUACCACAGAUUCAAAAUUGUUCUUUGCUACUGUUAAUGAAAUGUUCUACUUUGUCAUCAAACUAAAAGGAGAAUCAAAUAAAUAUACUUUUCUUAA